GAGAUUACUAUUAUCCCUAAACCUAGGAAGCUAGAGAAGGUGUAUACUAUAUAUAAAGGCUAUAAACCUAUCUUCCUACUCUCUUAUAUAGGCAAAGGCCUUAAGAAACUCUUAGCUAAAAGAGUUUCCCUCCUGGUAAUAGAAUAUAAAAUACUACUAGAAUAA